GUUUUAACAAAGGAGGAGAGCGAGAGUUUAUGGAAAAAAUAAGUGAAUCCGCCCAAUCCCAAUCGCUGGUAGUUGAGAAUUUUCAAGAGAUGGAAGAAGAAGAAACGCAAGUAGAUGGAGGAAAGAAGAUUCGGAUACAUGUUGGGGGAUUGGGAGGGAGCGUGACGGAGGAGGAUCUGCAUCGGAUGUUUGGUGCAGGAGGAAACGUGGAGGGAGUAGACAUUGUCAGAACUAAAGGUCGAAGCUUUGCCUACGUCGACUUCCUGCCUUCCUCCGACAAGUCCCUCUCCAAGCUAUUUACCACGUACAAUGGGUGCUCGUGGAAGGGAGGGAAGCUGAGACUCCACAAGGCUAAAGAACAUUAUCUUGUUCGUUUGAAACGAGAAUGGGCUGAAGAAGAUGCUCAACUUCCGCCGGCAGAUAUUAAGCCCAGCAAACCUCUUCCUCCUUCGCAAGAAUCACGGACCAAGCAGCUUCGGAUUUUCUUUCCUGCACUAAGAACGGUAAAAGCUUUGCCCUUUACUGGAACUGGCAAACACAAAUACAGCUUCCAGCGUGUUCAAGUUCCUUCUCUCCCCGUCCAUUUCUGCGAUUGUGAAGAGCAUUCUGUCCCUUCUCACCCUGCUCCUCCUGCUCAUCAAAACCAAUUAUGUCCUGGGAUCAAUGAGCAAGAGCUUAAUAUCAUGAAUAAAGUAAUGGACAAGCUCUUCCAACGUGAAAAAAACGUUUCUGUUUCUGAUACUCAUCAAAGCAGGACUUGUGCACUGCCUAAUCAACCCCACCAUGAACUGCCUGUUGCUACUGCAGCAGAGGAAGAUAAUCUCAUAAUUAAUAUUGUGUCAAGCAACCAGGAUGAGGAUAAAUUAUCAGAGCUUCAGGAAUUGAGAUCCAGUGGAGCACAAACUUCAAAAGCAGAGGAACCAUCUGAAAAUGUGUUUAAAGCGCAGAAAGCUAGUAUUAAUGGACCUCCUAAGAAAAAGAGGAAAUCCCUUCUCGGUGAUUACAACAAUCAAAAUGAAUUUGAGGAUGCUAUUCCUGGCAGCAAGAAGAAUUUGCCAACCCAUUCAAAAGAGUCAGGAAAGUUCAUGGGAGCUCAACCGGAUCAACAAGAAUUAGGUGCUCAACAUGUUUCGUGGUCUCAGAAAUCUUCUUGGAAACAACUUGUUGGUCAUAGAGGCAGCAGUACGUUCAGUGUCUCACAUGUACUGACAGGCAUUGCUUCUUCUACUGACCAAGUGCAACCAAAAUCUGUUAGUUCAGAAGUGCCCCAUCUUGUUAGCAAAAACCAGGACUUGGAAAGCAAUGGAAACUUGGAAGACCAGCUCUGUGAGGUGGAACUGGUGGACGGGUCUGGCAGUUCAGAAGUGGCCCAUUUUGAUAGCAAAAACCAGAACUUGGAAGGCCAGCUCUGUGAGACGGAACUGGUGGAUGGGUGGGUUGAACCUCAACCUACCAUGUCAAUUGCAGUUUCAAAUAAGUCAGGAAGAGGUGCUUCAUGGCGCCAGCAAUCCUCAUGGACACAAUUGGUUAGUGAUAAUAGUUCCAGUUCAUUCAGCAUAAAACAAAUUGUGCCAGGUAUCUCUUUUGAGCAGCAGUUCGUCCCAAAGCCAAAAAGUGCAGAUGCUGUAAGCUCCACUGACAGAAAGCUUAAGGAGAUAGUAAAACAGGAUAAAGAUCAUGAUAAUUUUACUAGUGGAUCAUCUUUAGGAAUUGGAAAGGGGCGUGAUGUUUUAAUAAGUAGUCCAGAAGAUACUGUUGUAGACAAUGACGGUGCAUGCGCUCCAGAUGUUGAGAAAAAUUGUGAUUUAACACCAAAGCAAGUAUCUGCAGGAAAUGUUGAGAUAGGUGAAACUUGCUCAUUUAUGAGGAGUUCUUCUUCUUUGAAAGAAUGGACGAAAAUCAAGGCUGCUCUUAGUGGGUCGCUGAAAAGAAAGAAUAUUGAGAAUUAGAUGAUAUUCCUGAAGUAAUAUCAGCCUUGCAACAGUGCCCAUGAAUUGCGUUUCUUUUGGGGAGUAGUUCCUACCGAAUUUUCCAUUGCUCAUAGUGUCAUGAUUUUUCUUUCAUCAUUGCAAAUCAUGGCAUCAAGUCCCGUUCUUAGAUGUUAUUUGUGAAGUCCACCACAUUUAAUUUGUAGUGUAGGCAGGGCUUUUUCCCAUUUGGCUGAGUCCUUGCUUAUGUACUCUGUUUGGCCCAACUUUGCAAGAGUUCCUGGUGUGGUGAGGCAGCAACUUCAAAUUCAGAGCAUGUCUUCGUACACUUUGGUCAUGAAUUUAAGCAUUUCUACUAUUCCAAAUCAGCUUGCAUACCUAUUACGCAAGGUCGAAAAGAACUUUCACUUGCUUCAUGAGUCUAUGAAACUUCACCCUACAACAACAUCCAACCACAGAGCAUAAGAUGAAUAUCUCCGUACUUUCUUUUGCUGAGCAGUCCCGCAGAGCAUGUGGCAUGUAUCAGAGUUUCAAGCGUAUUUUGCAUCUGUCAUGUUUGAUGUUGUGAAGUCUUUCAUCUGGAGCAGAUUGGUUUCUAUAGGGAAUUAUGCAAUUUUGCCAAGGACUUGCAUUGCCCAGACACGUUUCCAGAAACUUUUCAUUGUAUUGGUGCACUAUUCCACCACCUUGACAGCCCGCCAUUCCCUCCUGUCCAGAAUUGCUACCCGUAACUGAUCCUCUCAGAAAUGGAUAUUGGGAAACUCCAGUGCAAUACAAUCCAAAUUGGCGGUUUCAUAACUUCUCGAGUGUCUUCGAAACUAUGAAAGUUGCAAGUAACUUGUAACCUUGGACAAAGUUAUAUUUGAUAGUUGAAUAUACAUAGCAAAACUUUUUUCAUUUUUCAAA